AUGAAGACGUUCUCACCAAUUCACAGUUUACACCACAUACCCACAUCAGCCUCCGAGGUAAGAUUUGUUUAUCCACAACAUAACCUUGGUGAUGUGGAUCUUUUACAUCAAAUCGGGUACAAACAAGAGUUGAGACGCCAUUACUCAACAAUCCAAGUAUUUGGAAUUGCCUUUUCCAUUAUGGGGCUUCUACCCAGCAUAACCUCCGUUUUAACUUCAGGUUUAGUUACAGGACCUGCUGGUUUAGUCUGGGACUGGUUCAUUGCCAGUUUUUUUAUCUUUUGUGUUGGUCUUUCCAUGAGUUUCAUGGGUAGUGCUAUACCAACGAGUGGAGGCUUAUAUUAUUACAUCAACUACUAUUGUCCCGAUAGAUAUCGAGUAGCGUUGAGCUAUUUGAUUGGAUGCUCAAACUCUCUUGGAUUAACUGGUGCUAUAUGUAGUAUCACUUAUGGCUUUGCAGUGGAGGUUUUAUCGGCUGUUUCGAUUUCCAAAGACAACAAGUUUACGCAGACAAACCCAAAAACCUAUGGUGUGUUUGCUGCAGCAAUCGUAUUGAAUAUGGUCAUCGCAUGCUUGACAACAAAGCACGCUGCCAAGUUUCAAACAGUUUCAAUAUGUGUUAAUGUGUUUUUGGUCAUAUUAUUUAUCAUUGCAGUGCCAGUGGGGUUUUCAAGACAUAAUAGCUUCAAUUCAAGAGGAUACAUUUUUGGUAAGUGGGAGAAUGAAAGGGACUGGCCAAUUGGGUGGAGUGCCAUAAUGUCAUGGAAUCCGGCGUUGUGGACAAUCGGAUCAUUCGAUUCAGUUAUUCAUUGUUCUGAAGAAGCAUUAAAUGCUCAGAGGUCUAUCCCUGUAGGAAUAUUGGGUUCCAUUGCUGCUUGUUGGUUGUUGGGAUGGGUCAUAGUAAUUGUGUGUGCAGCUUGCAUUAAAGAUGGCGAUACUGCUCGUAUAAUUGCCUCAGAAACAGGUUCAUCUAUGGCUCAAAUAAUUUACGAUGCUUUGGGAAAGAAAUGGGCAGUCGCGUUCAUGUCGUUGAUCUGUGUGGGUCAAUAUCUUCUGGCUAUAUCCUUGAUGAUUGCAUUGUCAAGACAAGUUUGGUCAUUCGCAAGAGAUGAUGGUUUGCCAGUAGUUUAUAAAUGGGUUAAGUAUGUUGACCCAAAAAUCAGGGUACCUGUCAGAGCAACAAUUUUUGCUGGCUGUUGUGCAUUGGUCAUGGGUUGUUUAUGUAUCAUCCCCGGAACCGCUGGUGCUAAUGCAUUAUUCUCCCUUGCUAUUGCAUCAAACACUUUGGCAUGGGGUACACCGGUUCUUCUUAUUGUUUUGCCAUAUGGCAGAAAGAAAUUUAUACCUGGACCCUUUUACUUUGGAAAAACUUUGACUUUUAUCAUCAACAUUAUCACCUCCUUGUUUAUUCCUUUUAUUAUCAUCAUGAGUAUGUUUCCAGAAUCAACUAUUGUUGAUAAAGACAGUAUGAAUUACACUUGUGCAAUCAAUGGAGGCGUAUGGAUGUUAUCCAUCAUCUAUUAUUACACACGGGCUUGGAAAACCUACACCGGACCCAAGUCUAAUCUUGAUGGCACAGAAUCGGAAGAAGAUGACAAUGUGAAAAACGUUGAUGAAGUGUUGGAGGUUAAAGCAUGA